AAAAAUCUUACAACAAAGUUCUUGUCUUUGGCAGAAAUAAAUGAAUUUUUUUAAAUCUGAUUUCGUUUUAUUCAAAAAGUGCCACUUCACUAAAGUUGUCUGAAGUUGCUGAUAUUUUAAGAUAAACCAACUAAAAUAUUUAUAAAUAAUUACUUACCUUAAUAAGGACAGUCAAAAGAUUUGCCAUUUUAAAUGCCCAAAAAUGUAUUCAUAAUUAAUUACAAUUAAAUUAAAAGAAAUAGAAAUAAAAAGAAGUGAUAUUUGUAGCCGUAUGGCUCAGUGUUUUGAGUUUUUUGGUAUUUUGAUAUUCAUUGUUUAUGUUUGGCUGUCAUUUAUUUGUCCAAAGCUCAUUUUAGGUUGCCAUGUUAGUUAUUUUGUUGAUUAAGUUCCCCUUGUGUUUUAACCCCUGUGUUAAGUGUCACUUGUCGCCCUUCAGGUGCUUACUUAUGUCCUUGCCUCAUCUCCAGUAUCCCUUUUCCCUCUGUAUGUUUCUAAAGUGUUCAUUCUUCACGUCAGUCCACCAUGUCCACGUCGUUGUCUGUCUUGUGUUUCAUGUUGUUUAGCUCAUGUCAUGUCUGCGUCUUAUUAUGUUUCCUGUUUUACUUUGAAGGGUACUUUUGUUCAUUGUUUUAGUUUUACUUCCACUGUGGCGUCAUUAUGUUCAUUCUAGUCAGCUGUUCCCUCAUAUUUUUCUACUCCUGAUCACCCGUUGAGUGUAUUUAGUCCGUGUGUUUCCGUUUAGUCAUCGUCAGGUCAUCUGUUAUACUUCCCCCAUGUCAUGUCAGGGUUUCUGGUGUUUUGCAUGAUUGUGUUCAGGGCAUGUUCAUUGUUUUAACUCUUGGUUUUUCCUCACAGUUUCUAUCAUGCUCACUAUCAUGUUCAGGUCAGGUAUCACAGUUUUGUCAUAGUGUCAUAGUUCAUUCAUAGUUGCCAGUCUCGCCCAGUUUAGGUUUAGUUUUAGUUCUUGCCACUGUUGAUAAUGUCUUGUUGCAUGUUCCUGGUUUUCAUCAGCCACAAUAAACAGCUCGCUUAUAGUUUACCACAGUUUUGUCCUCCUCCGUGUCCUGCUUUUGGGUCUACUUCCUAAUCACCGGCGUACCCUGCCAUGAGUAAGUUUGGAAGUAAGUCAGUAAGUUUGAGCACCUCUGUAAAAGCAGAUCAGUUUGCUGAUCUGGAGCAUUCAGUAGUGUGUUAACACAUAAGAAAGACACCAACAAUGAUCUUAAAGGAACAACUGUUACUCACCAUCCUGGGUGGGGUUCUAAGACCAAACAAGUGAACGUCCAUCAUUCAGCAAUCUGAAAUAUUACUCACAAGUGGAAGAUGUUCAAGACAGCCGUAAAUCUUCUCAGGAGUGCACAUCCUAGCAACCCAAGGUCAGACUGUGCAGACAAAUUACAUAAAAACCCAAGAGCUACAUCUCAGACGCAGUUAGCAUGUUAAAUGUUAAUGUUGAACACAAUAUAAUUACAAAAAGGCAGAAUGAGUGUUACUUGUUUGGAAGGACUGUCAGGAGUCAACUCUUCUCUUUAAAAACAAAUUGACAACAUGGCUUAGGUUUGCAAAGUUGCAUCUGAACAAACCACAGGACUUCUGGAACACUGUCCUUUGAAAAGACAGGACCAACGUGGAGAGGUUUGUCCACAAUAAAGGUUGUUCUACAAGCUACUGAAUCAUGGGGUGUACUUAAUGAGGGUGGACACUGUGCUUCUGCAUGUAACUUAAAUUUUGUUACAUAAAUAAUGACACAGAAUAUAAAUGUAUUAAAAAUGUUGUGUAUCUGAGGUUGUAGUUAAAUAGUUGUGAAUCUGUUAAGGUCCAGAGGAUUUAUUUUAUAUUGUUGUGAUAUAUAAAACCUUUGAAGUGAAAGAGGGUGCACUUUCUUUUUACCAUGACAGUAGUAGUUUGUAAUAAUAGAUAUAGUAAUAGUGAUAUGUAGAGUGUAAAAUAAAAUGGGGUAAAGUAUUAAAUUGCUUCUUAUACUUAUUAUAUAAAAAAUAGGAGAGUGUUUUAGAAUCAUGAAUGAAUGCAGGCUAUAUUGAUUACUUCAAAGAUGAGAGAGUGUUUCUGGAGAGACCAAAUUUUUAUGAGACAUUAUAGGAUAUAAUUUCUGCAACAGGAAUUGAUUUGAACUCACCAUUCUCUAAAUUAACUUUUGAUAUUGUCCUAGUUAAUGUAUGAAAGUUUCUUCGCCAAAACAGAUGGUGACCCGUACUGUGCGGCUCAAGGUGUAUGGGGAGACACCAAAGCUAAUUUCACUUCAGUCUUAAAAUGCACAAACUCUGCUGGGCAAAGAACAAGGAAAUGCAACUCAAAUAAGCAAUGGGAAGAUGAGGUGUCAGGAUGUGUGAACUCAGACCUCUACAACGUACUGCAAAAUGCAAUAAUUUCUGACACUGGACUUGGGGCAUUACAUAAAAAUGCAGAAACAAUAUUUUCUAACCUUAACAAUGUCACUCAAAAUUCAGUGCGUAUUAACACUUUUGCCAAUGUGAAUGCAUCAGUUGAUGUACUCAGCACCAUGAGUGGCAAACUAGUUAGACUAGUCAAAGUAGUAGACAAUGUAACCACAACUAAAAAUUUCCUGGCCUCAUCUAGUAAUCUGUUGGAUGGGUCUCUUGGAAACUCAUGGGAUAAUCCGGAUCCUGAAAGUAACAAGAGCCUGGCUGAGAAAUAUCUGCAGUCAGUUGAGGAUUUAAUUGCGAUAUCAAACAUAAGUAAUGAUUCUGAUCAAAAAAAUAUACAUAUAGACACAUGCAGUGGAGAUGCAUGCACCAAUACGGUGUUCAAUGCCGAAGUCAUUGUUAGAAGCUCAGGAAAUGGCACUGUAAAAACAGCUGGAUUCAAAUACCUGCAGGACUAUUUGCCCAAUACAACAGAAGCAUUUACCAUCAACAGCAUUGUUGUGUCAACAACCACUCAACGUGGAGAAGAAAACCUUGAGAUUACACUAAAGUUCCCAUUGCUCACAGCAAGGCGUCGCCAUGUUAGUCUGCAAUGUGUCUCAUGGAACUACAACCAGAGCAAAUGGACAGAUGAAGGAUGUGUAUGGGGGGGCGCUUCUAAACCUGACGAGUGCACUUGCAAUCAUCUGACUUCAUUUGCCAUUCUGAUGUCUCGGUAUCCCAUUGAAAUCCCUUACAUGACCGAGAUAACGUACGCUGGACUUUCUGCAUCAGUGGUGUCACUCGUUAUCAGCCUCCUGAUAGAACUGAUCGUCUGGAGCAAAGUAGUCAAGACAAAUACUCUACAUUUGCGCCACACCGCCCACGUGAACAUUUCUCUUUGUUUGCUGGUGGCAGAUUGCUGUUUUCUGGCAUCUUCUCAACCAGAGAUCAUUUCAGAAAUCUGGUGUAGAAUUGCAGCUCUUCUGAAGCAUUUCUGCUACCUGGCCAUGUUCUUUUGGAUGUUGAGCCUGAGCACCAUGCUCCUUCAUCAGGCAGUUUUCCUGUUUCACAAAGUGGGCAAGAAAACCUAUCUGAGGUUCUCGUUGAUCCUGGGCUACGUUUGUCCUUUUCUCAUUGUUUUCAUCACAUUUCUCACCAACAACGGCGGCGCUCAAGACGCGUAUUUCAGUUUGGAAACAUGUUGGCUGGUUUAUUCUGGACUUCUGAAAGGAACCAUCUAUACAUUCAUUCUCCCAGUUGGUAUAAUUGUUUUCAUCAACUUGUUUGCCAUGAUAGUGGUAAUCAUGAAGCUUUUGGAACAUAGGAGCAGAGAAAAGUCUCAUGAGAAAGAAAUACAGGCCGCCAAAACUGUCCUGAGAUCAGUUAUUCUUCUGACUCCAAUCUUUGGUUUGCCAUGGAUUUUUGGAUUUGCAACAUUUAUUAUGGACCUCACAGCUGGAGCUGUGACUUUAGCUGUGAACUACGCUUUUGUUGUGCUCAAUGCAUUCCAGGGUUUGUUUAUUUUGUUGACCACGUGCCUGGGGGACAGAAUGACCCGUGAAGCACUGCUGAAUUCUUUCAGGAAAAAAGCUCCACCAACCAUCAGCGAAAGCUCCACAAAGUUGGAAACAACAACUAAAAAGUCCUAAACAACACCUGCACACAUGUAUACUCACAAAACACUACAUUUAAAUCAAAUAUAUUCGAUUCAUGAGCUACAUUUACUCUUUGAUGUGACUGUUUCUUUGUUGUUUAUUUUGAGUAAUACAAGUCAGAAAUUGUCAUAAUUGUUAUAUGCAUGUCUGUCUUUCUUUGUUCAAUAUACAUAUUCAUAUGAAAUGUGAUUUAAUAAUGCUGUACAUUGCAUGUUUUAAAUAGCACCUAGCAGUGAAGAGCUGAAGGAAAACUCUCAGCUGAGAGGAUAGAAGAAAACCUGCGUGAGGAUUUUAUUU